UAAUGUAGUACACGUACAGUAUGUGACUGAUGCUCCACUCCACGCUCCAAGUGAUGCGAAUGGGCACCUACUGAUUCGUCUUUUUCUACCGAAUAUACAUUUUAGUCAGUUGGUUGCACAAAUUCCAUUAUACUUUUCAGCGGACUAAACAUUCCAGAACAGAUGUGAUCGUGUUUCCAUCACAUCACUGCCCCCGGUGUCCAGUGAGUGACAACUACAGUGGCUCUUAUUUAACUCCGCUAGAACAGCCGUCAGUCAGCCUUCACUUUCGAGGUUUUGGAGUCGAUCAAUUAAUUUAAUUGGAAAAUACAUUCUCAACAUGGCUACAGAUCAAGAAAAUAAUAAACAGCUUAUGAUAAAGCUGUUGGAGAGACCGGGGAACGGGAGCUGUGUGGAUUGCGGAGCUGCAGACCCGGAGUGGGCGUCCUACACCCUGGGUGUGUUUGUGUGUCAGAGCUGCUCGGGUCUCCAUAGAAACAUCUCCCAGAUCAGCAAAGUCAAGUCUGUCCUGUUGGAUCCAUGGAGUGAUGCAGAGGUAGAGUUCAUGGCGUCCAACGGAAACAAUGCUGCUAAAGCCAAAUAUGAACAGAAGGUGCCUGUUUUCUACUACCGUCCAACACACACAGACUGCCAGCUCCUUCGGGAACAGUGGAUCAGAGCCAGAUAUGAGAGGAAGGAGUUUGUGUGUGUGGAGAGACAGGAGCCUUACUCUGCAGGGUACCGAGAGGGGUUUCUAUGGAAACGGGGCCGAGAUAACGGACAGUUCCUGAGUCGAAAAUGUAUUCUGUCAGAGCGGGAUGGUGCUCUGAAGUACUACAACAAGCAUGAUGCCAGAGAGCCCAAGGCUCUGAUGAAGAUUCACACCCUGAAUGCCUCCUUCCAGCCUGGGAAGAUCGGCCAGCCUCACGGCCUGCAGGUCACCUAUCUGAAGGACAACAGCACUAGGAACAUCUUUGUCUACCACAAGGAUGGCAAGGAAAUGGUGGACUGGUUCAACGCCAUCAGAGCAGCCAGAUUUCACUACCUACAGGUGGCUUUCCCUGGGGCCCAUCACGCUGAUUUGGUGCCAAAGCUGACAAGAAACUACAUCAAGGAAGGCUACAUGGAGAAGACGGGUCCAAAGCACACAGAGGGCUUCAAGAAGAGAUGGUUCACUAUGGAUGACAGGAGACUCAUGUACUUCAAGGAUCCUCUGGAUGCCUAUGCGCGCGGUGAGGUGUUCAUUGGUAGUAAGGAGAACAGCUACAUUGUGCUCCCCGGCCUUCCCCCAUCCACCCAGGGCUACCACUGGCAGUUUGGCAUCACCAUAGUAACGCCCGACAGGAAGUUCCUGUUUACAUGCGAGACCGAGGAGGAGCAGCAGGAUUGGAUGGCUGCUUUUCAGGGUUUGGUGAAUCGACCUAUGCUGCCCCAGGAAUAUGCAGUGGAGGCCCACUUUAAGCACAAGCCCUGAGAGGAGGAGGAGAAGGAAAAAGAGGGAGGCUGGACUGGAGGCUGGACAUAUCCCCUGGAUGAAGACAGACAAAUAGGAUCCUUCUCCUCAUAAUAAGAACAAUAUAUAUACAAUUAAAGAUAAACCAUACAGAUCAGUAAAAGAGGGGGGUAGAGAGGACUACAGAGGGUGGUGUUACUGUUCUGUUGCCAUACUCCUCUACUCUGCCUUACCCCAAAUCCUGCCCAUAUAUACUGAAUGAACAAAAAUAUAAACGCAACAUGCAACAAUUUCAACAAUUUUAUAGAGUUCCAGAUCAUAUCAGCCAAUUGAAAUAAAUGAAUUAGGCCCCAAUCUAUGGAUUUCACGCCUGAGCAGGGGCACAGCCAUGGGAGUCCUAGGAGGGCGUAGGCCCACCCACUUGGGAGCCCAGCCAAUCAGAAUUAGUUUUUCCCCACAAAAGUGCUUUAUUACAGACAGAAAUACUCCCCCAUUUCAUCGCCCGUAGGUGAAAAAGCCAGAUGUGGAGGUCCUGGGCUGGCGUGGUUACACGUGGUCUGCGGUUGUGAGGCUGGUUGGACAUACUGGCAAAUUCUCUAAAACAACAUUGGAGAUGGCUUAUUUACCUAGGCAA